GCCCCGGGGCUGCCUCCUCGGGCCGCGCCGGGCCGCCCCGCACUGCGCAUGAGCGGGAGCCCGGCGAGCCCGUGAGAGGAGCCGCCGCCGCCGCCGCCGUCCAUUCGCUGCGGAGCCGGAGGAGGAGGGGAGCGGCCUGGAGGACACCAACAUGAACAAGUUGAAAUCAUCGCAGAAGGAUAAAGUUCGUCAGUUUAUGAUCUUCACACAAUCUAGUGAAAAAACAGCAGUAAGUUGCCUAUCUCAAAAUGACUGGAAGUUAGAUGUUGCAACAGACAAUUUUUUCCAAAAUCCUGAACUUUAUAUAAGAGAGAGUGUAAAAGGAUCACUGGACAGGAAGAAGUUAGAACAACUAUACAAUAGAUAUAAAGAUCCUCAAGAUGAAAAUAAAAUUGGGAUAGAUGGUAUACAGCAGUUCUGUGAUGACCUGGCAUUGGAUCCAGCCAGCAUUAGUGUGUUGAUCAUUGCAUGGAAAUUCAGAGCAGCAACACAGUGUGAGUUCUCCAAACAGGAAUUCAUGGAUGGCAUGACAGAACUAGGAUGUGACAGCAUAGAAAAACUGAAGGCCCAGUUACCCAAGAUGGAACAAGAAUUGAAAGAACCAGGAAGAUUUAAGGAUUUUUACCAGUUUACUUUUAACUUUGCAAAGAACCCAGGACAAAAAGGAUUAGAUCUAGAAAUGGCCAUUGCCUACUGGAAUUUAGUGCUUAAUGGAAGAUUUAAAUUCUUAGACUUAUGGAAUAAAUUUUUGUUGGAACAUCAUAAACGAUCAAUACCAAAAGAUACUUGGAAUCUUCUUUUAGACUUCAGUACAAUGAUUGCAGAUGACAUGUCUAAUUAUGAUGAAGAAGGAGCAUGGCCUGUUCUUAUUGACGACUUUGUGGAAUUUGCACGCCCUCAAAUUGCUGGGACAAAAAGUACAACAGUGUAGCACUAAAGGAACCUUCUAGUAUGUACAUAGUCUGUACAAUAAAUACAACGGAAAAUUGCACAGUCAAUUUCUGCUGGCUGGACUGAACUGAAGAUCAAUCCUCACAAUUCAGACUGAGGGUUGAGACAAACUUUAAGGAUACAUCUUGGACCAUAUUGUAUUUCAUUCUUCUAAUGGUGGUUUGGGCUUGUCUUCUAGUCUGGGCCGCUCUAAACAUUUAUAAUUCCAACAUUGUGGAUUUCAUCUUAUAUCUGUGGACCAUCCUAGUUUACUCUCCCAUAAGUCUUAGAAGCUACAUGGUGAUUAUUUUGAGGUUUCCAUUCUUACGUAAAGCACAAUGCUGUCUUCAUCAGAAAACAGUUUGAUAUAAGAAUUAAACAUGAACAUCACAAUUAUAAAAACUUCUUAAAUAUAUGCUUUGGGCUAAUUGCAAAGACUAUGCUAAGAGCACUUCCAACAAGAGUGAUAUAUUUAAGUGUACCAGAUCUGGAAUGGUGUUUUGGUUGGGAAAUUUUUUUUUUUUCCCUUUCUGGCAAAUCACAUGUAUUGUUGACGUGAAUAGCAUAUCUAAUGAAAAAUGUCAAAAUAACCAAGGUGAAAAACAAAAUUUAGGUGUGCCUACCUGAAAAUUUUAGUGUUUCAGACCCUCAGUUUCUAAAGGUUCCACAGAACCAGUCUGCACUCACCUUCCCCCUGUUGAUACAGAGCUGUCCUACAGGGAGCUUUUAUUUAGAAAAUGUCUGCAUAAUGUUUGAUUCUAUUCCUUUCUACAUUAUGCACUAUAUAAUUGGAUUUCAUUAUGACUUUGAAAUGCUUAUAUGCCUGUCGAAUAAGUUGAACUAUUUAAUUUGUUUUGAAUGUUUUAGAUUGCUACACAAUACAAUAUUCUAAAUUUAGGCAUGAGGGUUUAUUUUAUUUUAUUUUGUCAGUGCACUAUGGAACACAAAUGAAAUUCUCUUAAUUUAUGAUAGAAGGAAUUAAAUUCUGAAAAUGGUCAUGAUGAGCCAUGAAGUUCAAUCCUUAUAAUAUAGGUACUGCUCUUUCAGACAAAUAGUCCAUUUUUGAUGACUUCUUAUUUUGUUGAAACUGCUUUAACUGCUAAUCAUUGUGGUUGCCAAAUACUCCAGGAGCAAAGAUCUUCGAGCAGGCAUGCACCUGUUACAGACUACCAAUCUGACUUUUACUGUCACUACUUAAUCUGCUUCUGUUUCUGUUUUACUCUAAUUAUCUCAGUUUUCACAUCAAAGCAGAAUUCUGUCUUGUAUGUAUUUUUUUUCAUUGCAAGACCCAUGAACUGCUUUCAUGCUGAAAAUGCUCAUUUCUCUGUUUGCCUCAUGGUGUGAAGAAGGGUUUAUUGUUUUCUUAAACAUUUCUGUAAGGCAGGAAAAAAAAAUGUAAAAAUUCAGAUGCUGGAUGGCUAUGGUCUUUAGCAGAAUUUUGUUUUGCUUGCUGUAUACAGGCACUCUAAAAAUUAUCAAAGAAUUGUACUUCAGAACAGCAAUAUGCUUAUGUAGAUGUGGAAAUGAUUUUAAGAAGCAAAGAUGUAACUUCUUUUUAUUUACAUACUUUUCAGAUUGACUAGAAAGCUUUCCCCAUAGACACAUUAAUACUCUAAUCAUUUUUUUCCAAGAAUACAGUUCUACCAAAAGAACAUUGGAAACAUCUAUUCAGGUUAUUGGAAAUAUUUCUUUAAAAAAAAUAGAAAAUAGAAGAUGAAUCCUGCUGCUUUCAGUAUUUCCUGAUUUCAUAUUUGUAAAUAUGAAGAGAAACUUCAAUUAUGAAAAUUUUAAAGAUAUAUAUAUAUAUAUAUAUAUAUAUGUACUAUUUUGUUUCCUGUAUUGAGGAUUUUGAGUUAUGGUAUUGUUUUUAGAUUGAUUAAUUUGGGUAUGCUGUGUCUUGAAAUGAGAUCCCACUAGUCCCCCCCAUACAACUUUUUUUUUUUUUUUUUUUUUUAUAAAAGUCUGAUAUUGGUUUGUGGCCUAGCACUUUGGGUUUUACAGACUUUUCCUUUUAAAUGCAAGUUCUUUUCAACAAAAUAGUGUUUGUCAUCAGUUUGGUACUAAACAUUUAUAAUUACUGUGUAAUUAUAAACAAAAAUACAUAAAGCUUUGAAUAUAAUUAUGUAGCAUAAAAGUCAAGGUUGUUCACUCUAUGAUGGCAUCUUAGAAUUAAAACAAUACUAUUACUAGGGCUGCAAAGAGAAGACUGGUGUAAUGUGGUGUGGUUAUUCUGAGGAUAAAUGGUUACAGGGAUUAUUUUGUACUAAAAUGCAUAUAAAUGUGGCAAUGUUUGUGUGAGUGUGUGACUGAAAGAGAGGUGGGGGGAGGGGUACAUGUACACACACACACGCACACACACACACACACACACACACACACACACACACACUGGUUUAAUUCCUGGUGUAAUGUGGUGUGGUUAUUCUGAGGAUAAAUGGUUACAGGGAUUAUUUUGUACUAAAAUGCAUAUAAAUGUGGCAAUGUUUGUGUGAGUGUGUGACUGAAAGAGAGGUGGGGGGAGGGGUACAUGUACACACACACACACACACACACACACACACACACACACACACACGUUUAAUUCCUGAGUCUUCAGUCUCCAUUCUGGCAAACUCCCCAUUAGGGAUUCUGUGUUUUAAGUUGAACCACAGGUACAGUUUCCUUUUUUGCCAAAUGUCAAAACACAUACACAUUUCAAAAUAGAAUGCUUUUUCAAGUCAAGUGUAUAAGAUCAGAAGUACCCAUAUAAAGAUACUUGAGAUCGAGAUUAUCUUUAGUGACUAUCAUUUGCAUAUUUCUGUAAGUUCGAUUGUGUUUCUUACAAUCCCUGUCAUCUUACCAACAGAGGCAAUAAAAGCUUCAGUGAAAUUGCCAUGACUA